AUGACUUCUCCGGGCACGGACAGUUCAGGCAAGAGCUUGCAGUACCGGGUGGAUCAUCUGCUGAGCGCCGUAGAGAACGAGCUGCAGGCGGGCAGCGAGAAGGGAGAUCCCACCGAGAGAGAGUUGCGAGUCACCCUGGAAGACAGCGAGCUAUGGCUACGCUUCAAGGAGCUCACCAACGAGAUGAUCGUGACUAAGAACGGCAGGCGGAUGUUCCCGGUGCUGAAGGCAAGCGUGUCCGGGCUCGACCCCAACGCCAUGUACUCCUUCUUACUGGACUUCGUGGCCGCCGACAACCACCGCUGGAAGUACGUCAACGGGGAGUGGGUGCCGGGAGGCAAGCCCGAGCCGCAGGCUCCGAGCUGCGUCUACAUCCAUCCCGACUCGCCCAAUUUUGGCGCGCACUGGAUGAAGGCGCCCGUCUCCUUCAGCAAGGUCAAACUCACCAAUAAGCUCAACGGGGGCGGCCAGAUCAUGUUGAAUUCCUUGCACAAAUAUGAGCCUAGGAUUCAUAUAGUGAGAGUUGGUGGCCCUCAGCGGAUGAUCACCAGCCACUCUUUCCCGGAGACUCAGUUUAUAGCUGUGACAGCUUACCAAAAUGAAGAGAUAACGGCUUUAAAAAUUAAGUAUAACCCCUUUGCAAAAGCUUUUCUUGAUGCAAAAGAAAGAAGUGAUCACAAAGACAUGAUGGAUGAAGUGGGAGAUGGUCAACAGUCAGGUUAUCCCCAAUUAGGUGGUUGGCUGAUUCCUGGAACUGGUACACUGUGUCCUCCUGCCAACCCUCACUCUCAGUUUGGAGCAUCUCUGUCGCUCUCACCUGCUCACAGUUGUGAAAGGUACUCAUCACUGAGGAAUCACCGUCCAGCUCCUUACCCAAAUCCCUAUGCUCACAGGAACAGUUCUCCAACCUACGGUGACAAUUCUUCAGCCUGCCUUUCUGUGCUCCAAUCCCAUGACAACUGGUCCACUUUAGGAGUUCCACCUCCAACAAGUAUGCUGCCCAUGAGUCACAGCACCGGCCCGCCAACUAGUUCCAGCCAGUAUCCCAACUUGUGGUCUGUGAGCAACAGCACCAUCUCCCCUGUUUCUCAAUCAGGUGGGAUGUCUAAUGGGAUAGGAUCUCAGUUUCUGCGAGGUUCUACAACCCACUACCCCACCCUACCUCAUUCAGUCACCACCACUUCCUCCGGCUCUCCACUGUAUGACAGUGGAACAUCUACAGACAUUGCUGACAAUCAGUACGACACAUCUGUGCAUGCUAGACUUGCAUCCACAUGGACUCCAGUCACAACUCCUUCUAUGUAG